CCUCUCCCCCUCCCGGCAGCCGGCGCCGCGCCAUGCCCCUGCAGCUGCGGGUGCUGGACGGCGCCGGGCGGCCCGUCUGCGCCGUGGAGGCGCGGCCGGCCUGGUGCAUCCGCGACCUGAAGGAGGCCGUCGAGGAGAGCGCCGGGGUGCCCCUGGAGGAGCAGGUGCUCCUGUCCGGCGCCGUGGAGCUCCGGGACGCGGAGGCCGUCGGGUCCCUGUUCCCGGACGGCGCCGCGAGCCUGCUGCUCGUGCGCCGCCCCGCCGGCCGGUCCCGCUGGCUCGCCAGCGUCGCCGCCGAUGGGCUGGUGCUGCAGGCUGCCCCGCCUGCCAUCCGCGCGGACCGGCAGGCCUCGGCGCCACGCCGCGUGGCGGACUCUCUGAAGGGGCAGGCCUUCUCAGAAGGCGGCGGGGCUCCAAGGCAGGCCUGGGUCAUCGGAAGGCCAGGGGGGCGCCCUGAGCCCUCUCAGAGGGCCCGCCCGCUCUGAGCCUGCAGUCGAGCGAGCAAGGCCCGCGC